AUGUUCUGUGAUAAAGAAUUUAUAUUAAUUUUAAUAUAUUUAUUUGUUGUUUCUCAUGUUUAUUCUAACGAGGGACAAUUUUCAACACAAAAACGUUUACAAUAUAAAGAUCGUGUUCAACAAAUGUUUUAUCAUGCAUAUGAUUCUUAUUUAAAAUAUGCAUAUCCAUACGAUGAGUUACGUCCAUUAACAUGUGAUGGUUAUGAUACAUGGGGAAGUUAUUCAUUGUCACUUGUUGAUGCAAUUGAUACAUUAGCUGUACUUGGAAAUAGUACAGAAUUUGCUCGUGUUUAUACAAUUAUACAAAAUUUGGAUAUUGAACGUGAUAUUAAUGUUAGUGUAUUUGAAACAAAUAUUCGAGUUAUUGGUGGUCUUCUUUCUGCUCAUCUUCUUGCUAAACGUAUGAAUGUUCCUAUUAAUUCUACAUGGCCAUGUACAGGACCAUUACUUGAUCUUGCCAUUGUUAUUGCCAAUAAACUUUUACCAGGUAAAGAAAAUAAACUUAAGGGUACCCCCCCCCUCCUCUUUUUGACACUUUCUGAUUCUCGAAGACGGUACGACCGAUCAAGCUCAAAUUUUCAGCACAGAUAG